UAAACAGGAUUAUGCUUGCUACUUCCGAAACUCUUACACGCAAAAGAAAACCUACACCACAGCGUUUUACUAUAAAACAAAAUAAUUUGCAGAAGUUGUAUUAAUCUAAGCCUUGUGUUUGCCAAAGAGCUGGAGAAUAUCUAAGACAAGAUGAAUGCUCAGGGGAAGAUGCCGUUGUUCUUUUUCUCUUUGGUCAUCAUCGUGGCUGCGUGUUCUACCGGGGCACUAGCGGGAUGCUGUUGUCCUACAUACUGGACUGCUUUCGGACAAUACUGCUACAGGUUUUUUGCCUACAACAAAACAUGGGAGGACGCAGAGAACUACUGCCAGUCGUAUAGUGUGCCCUCUCUCGGCAGUGGAGGGACAGUUAUCGACAGCCUUGGGCACCUUGUUUCUAUCCAUUCUGAGAAAGAGCAAAACUUCAUCUCAACAAUUUUCAGAACUUCCCGGAAAAAAGAGACUGCACCGGCGGCCAUGUGGCUCGGACUUCACGAUAUAUCAACUGAAGGUGAAUUUGAAUGGACAGACGGGACUCCGAUGGACUUCACCAAGUGGUCACCAGGACAACCAGACGACUAUCGGACGCGGGAGGAUUGUGGGCUGAUGAGAAGCGAUUAUGGAAACAACUUGUGGAAUGAUGGAGGAUGCCAAAGUGGCAACGUGCCCUAUUUCAUCUGCAAACUUCCAGCUAAUUAGCUAGGCCUAUUGAGAUGAAAUCUACCAUACACAAUGAUAACGACAACGACGUCAGCGGCGGUGGUGAUAAGAAAAACUUAAAACUGAAUUCAAAAGAUCUUUCUCUUAUAAAGCAACUACCAAUUCUAUCCAUUAUUUGAAAUGAGGAUGCCAAUUUACUGGCCAAACUGCAGUGGCGUAGAGAUAAGGGGUUUGGGGCGCUUACUCCCCCCCCCAAAAAAAAAAAGGGGGAAAAGAAAAGAAAAGCGAAGAAUAGGCAAGAGGGAAGGUUGAAAUAUGAUUAUUUCUGAAUAAAAAUUAUGUGAAAAUUCUAUCUCAAGAUUUUUUUUUUCUAAAUAAAACUAAAUGUCAAAAAAAUUUCUUGUUCGCAACUUUUUAUAAAAUUUGCUCAAAACGCCAUGUCAGUCAACCUCAAAUUUUUGGGCUCUUUACGCCAGUGAUUACAACAUAAGCUUUGUUCUGGUAUUCCUUCGUUAAGUUUUGUAUAUCAUUUUAUGCUUACUAUAUAAUUUUGUGUUAUAUGGAUUAACUAUUUAAUGUUAAUUUUCACAAAAUUUGUUUUUAGUACAAUUUAAUCAUAUCAUGUUUAUGUAUUAUAUCUAUGCUUGUUCAGGUGCACUGCAAAAACUCCGGUGUUGAUUUAACACCAGCCCGGAAUCUAUAUUAUGUCCACACCAGAGAAGUAUUGAAACAACACCAGUUUGGAAUCAAAACGAUGUUGUUUUAAUACUGAUUGGUGGUAUAUAAACACCUUUCUGGUGUUAGACCAAUCUCUGGUGUGGAUUAUAUAGAUUCCGGGCUGGUGUUAAAUCAACACCGGAGUUUUUGCAGUGUGGCGGGCUCCGCUGCUACGCAUUUUUUUAUUCAUCGAACCGGACGACCCUUCAUCUUAUUUUAAUAUACUUUGUAAUGAAACAAAAACAAAUAUGUGAAUGAGUAAAUAAAUACAUAUAUGAUACCAGUUUAUUUAAGUUAGAGAGUCAAAAGGGGCCUAAGCUUUCGAUCCUAGCAGAAUCUUCGUCGGAGGCAAAAUGACCAGUUUAUUUAAGUGAUAAUUACAAAAUAAUAAAUGUAUACAGGGCAGUAGCCAGGAUUUUCUAUGAGGGGGCUCCGAAUUAUAAAGAGUGAACCUUUCUAUUUUCUUCCGCAAAUACUUUUCACAGAUCGGCCGCUUAAAUGAGAACUGCAUGGACAAGCUCUACCUUAAAUAAUUUACAAGGUCUUAUCUGAACAAGUGCCAGUGGAGCGCCUCUGUCAGUCUCAACUGCAUCACGCGAUUCAAUCUAGCAGCAGUGCUGACUUACAAAACUACUAUAAAAUAAUUAUUCACAAAAACACAAUUCAUAUAAUGAUACAAUACUAUGUUCAUUGACAAUAAAUGACAUUUGACCUUGAUCAUGCGACCUAAGACUUGUCAGUGACACUUGAUAUCCACAUUUUAUAAACUAUAUCUAUAAUCUUUGAAAGUUCAUUAACCCUAAAUAUAUAGCUUUGACUUUGGUCAUGUGGCCUGGCACUCGCAUGAGAUAUUUCGGUGAUAGUUGAUUACUCUUAUAUCCAAGUUUUAUGAACUAGAUUCAUGCACUUUCGGAGUUAUGAUGGUUAUUCAACAAUUACACCCGACAUGGCCAAAAUUAAUUGACCUUCGACCUUGGUCGUGUGACCUGAAACUCGCACAGGAUGUUUAGUGAUACUUAAUUACUCUUAUGUCCAAGUUUUAUGAACUAGACCAAUACACUUACAGAGUUAUGAUGGUAAUUCAACAAACUUACCCCCAACAUGGCCAAGGUUCAUUGACCUUAAUGACCUUUCACCUUGAUCAUGUCACCUGAAACUUGCACAGGAUGUUCAGUGAUACUUGAUUACACUUAUGUCCAAGUUUCAUGAAUCAGAUCCAUAAACUUUCAAAGUUAUGAUGGUAUAAUUCAACAAAUACACCCAACUUGGUAAAAGUUCAUUGACCCUAAAUGACCUUUGACGGUCAUGUGACUUGAAACUCAGGCAGGAUAUUCAUUGAUUACCCUCAUGGCCAAGUUUCAUGAACUAGGUCCAUAUUUUCUAAGUUAUGAUGACAUUUCAAAACCUUUACUUUAAUUAGUUUAAGUUGCAACAAAGCGCAAUCUGAGAUUUGUAGUAUACAGAGUCCUGAAAACAUGGAAACGGACCCGUUUAGGACCGUUUCCAGUGACUCAUGAACUAGGUCCAUAUACUUUCUAAGAUAUGCUAUCAUUUUAAAAACUUAACCUUCCGUUAAGAUUUGAUGUUGACGCCGCUGUUGGCAAGCGGCGGGGUUCCGUGGAACCCAGGGAAGCCCAAAAAAAAAAAUGGGAAGCCCCCCCCCCAAAAAAAAAAAAAAAAAAAAAAAAAAAACUGGCUAAGGCACGCUCUUGUAUAUGAAUAUAAUUGACAGAAAUUAUGGAUUAUACUUAUCAAAACCUAAACUUUGAAGUAUGGUAUGACGGCAAUGAAAAAUCCAUGCAGGGCCCUCACGUGCCCUUAUAUAUUUAGAGUACAUUUUACUUGUGUUUCUUUUCAGCAAAUCAGCAUAUUUAUGCUCAAAUAAUAAAUAUGAUAAUAAUAGUAAUGAUGAUAAUGAUAAUAAUAAUGGUGAUAACAAUGAUAGUAAUGAUAGCAAUAAUAAUGAUGAUAAUGAUAUUAAAUAACCCGGUAGAACACGCGGCCACGAUGAUGACCAAAGAGAAAAAGAACGGCAUCUUCCCCCGAUGAGCCAGUAUGAUCUAUCUUGUAUCAAUCCCAAAUAUUCUACAGCUAUUUGGAAAACACACAGGGCUAAGCUGGAUCAGUGGAACCUCUGAAAUUAAUAAUUUUGUUUACUAAACACCGUGGUGUUGAUUUUCUUUUACUGAUAUUAUCUCUCUGUUUGUCAUGGAAGAGCUUCUGAAGUAUCAAGUAGAAUCCGGUUUAUAUGACAUAUCCGUUUUGGUCAUGUUGUAACAGGGGUGGACCCAGAAUUGAUCGGGGAGGAUUUCUGCCAAGCUCUCGCUCCCCAAAUAUAAAUAAAUAAAAUGAAUGAAUAAGUAAAUAUAUCAAUCAAUAAAAAGAAGAGAAGGAGGAAGAGGAGGAGGGGGUUCAUCAUUAUGAUCAUCGUUAUUGCUAUUAUUAUUAUUGCUAUUCUCAUUAUUACUGUUAUCAUUUUUAUUAUUUGCAUAUGAUGUAAAUAAACACAUAGGCCUGUUUUCUGAAGUCAGGUUUAACUUAGACCAUGGUCUAACUCUGUGCUAAAAUUAUGGGAAGCCAAAAGUGUCACAAUUUUUAUUAACUUGUAUGUUUCUUAUGUUUACUGCAUGUGCUCUUUCCCGAUUCAUCGAUGGUGAAGACAAUCAUCCGUUUAUACUUCCUACACAAUUAUGAAAGAUUUGAGAGCCAAAUGAGGUGAAAAAAAUAUUAUACAUCUACUGCUAGUGAUUUAUGUAACAAUUGGCUAUCCAUACUUAAACCACAACUUUAAACCUGAGUUUAAGUUAAAGCUGACUCCAGAAUACGGGCCAUAGGAAACAAUUUAUAUAUGUGAUAACAAAAUAAUGGAUUAUGAUUGAUAUAAUGAAAUUAUUGACUAAACUAAUACAUGUAUAACCUAAACUUUGAAGUAUUGUAUGACCGCCUUGUAUAAAUCCAGGGGCCCUUGCAUACCCUUGUCAAUUUCGACCACAUUAAUUUUUUACCGGUGUUUUUCCCCCAGCAAAUACGCACAUUUCUGCUCAAAUAAACAAGUUGGGGAUAGGAAAUAGUAAAGCAAUCUAUGCCGAAAAUGCAGUUUGGACGGUUAAAAGCUUUUAGGGGCCAGGGCACUGGCGUAAAUCCCGGGGGGGGGAUAUACCCCCCCACUUUUCGAGGAGGGGGGGGGGGUGACCUGUACGAACAUCCCCCCAGUUUUUACGAAAUAAAUGAAAAAAAAUCACAAGAGAUAAUUGUUUUAUUGGUGAAAAUUCUUCCUAAUAUACCGCUUAACAAAUAAAACAAUAUUAUUGAAUCAUAAAAUGCAAAUAAAGAGCCCGUUCACCAUUUCCAAACGAAAUACUUAUGUCCUUAUUAUAACAUUGAAGAGAAACCCCCGUUUCUUCCAAUUCAUAAAUGUUUGGGUCUUUGGGAAGGGAUUAAGAUGGAAUGUCAAAACAUUUUUAAUGUAAUCUCUAAUAAAACCAUUAAACCAUCAUGGGGUAAAAAAGAUAAUAAUAUUGGAGGGGUAUUUGCCAUAUGGACAUACAGUGGCGUAACUACGGGGGACAUGGGGGGCACAUCCCCCCCCCCCCAUCGGCUGACCCCAAAAAACGGGGAAAGGGGGAAAGAAGAAAAGAGGGAGAAAGGAAGAGAAACGUAGUGGGAAAGAAGAAAAUAUUCAUUAUAAUGUUAUAUUAUAAUUAUGUUAUGUUACAUAAUACAUAAGAAACAGUUUUAUUAUAAUUUUGUGAAAAAUAAUUUGCCCAGGGCCUAAGUCUUCAUUGUUCCUGGUGCUCGCAUUGUCUGUUUAACGAGAUAUAUAAUCCUGUUGUACUAAAACAUCCCGUUUUCAAGUCGAUAUAAAACAAAUAU